GACGUCAUAUCAAUCAGCGGUCGCUGGGCAGUAGCAGCAUUAUCGUCUGGAGCGGGCGACGAUGGUCCUCAUCAAGGAGUACCGUGUGGUUUUACCCUGUAGCGUUGAGGAGUAUCAAGUGGGACAGUUGUUCUCAGUAGCUGAAGCCAGUAAAAAUGAGACUGGUGGUGGGGAGGGCAUCCAGGUACUCAAGAACGAGCCCUACGAAAAAGAUGGCGAGAAAGGACAAUAUACACACAAAAUCUACCACCUUCAGAGUAAAGUCCCAUCUUUUGUCAAGAUGUUAGCCCCUGAAGGCUCCCUGGUAUUCCAUGAAAAAGCCUGGAAUGCUUACCCCUACUGCAGAACCAUUAUGAAAGACAAUUUCUUUAUCAAGAUCGAGACCUGGCACAAACCAGACCUCGGAACUCAAGAAAAUGUUCACAAACUAGACAGUUCUACGUGGCAAAAUGUAGCUGUUGUGCCCAUCGACAUUGCAGACAGAAUGCAAGUGUCCAAUGCUGACUACAAGCCAGAUGAAGACCCUGCCAAGUUCAAGUCGGUGAAGACCGGCAGGGGACCCCUCGGGCCCACCUGGAAGAAAGAGCUGGUUAGUAAGACUGACUGCCCGAGGAUGUGCGCUUACAAACUGGUCACAGUUAAGUUCAAGUGGUGGGGCCUGCAGACCAAAGUGGAGAACUUCAUCCACGAACAAGAGAAAAGGAUCUUCAAUAACUUCCACCGUCAGCUCUUCUGCUGGAUUGAUAAGUGGGUGGAGCUGAGCAUGGAUGAUAUCCGGCGGAUGGAGGCAGAGACACAGAAGGAGUUGGACGAGCUUCGCAAAAAGGGUGAAAUACGAGGAACCAGCGCUGCAGAAGAUUGAAACGGCAGAUUUUAAACAUCCACGAUGCCUGAAGCAGUGGAGACUGCUAACAGGGUUCUUUUGGUGCCACUUUUACUUUUCCCUGAACUGAUUCAGGCUGUGGAGGAGGGGGGGGGUGCUCAGCUACCUACAAUCAAUAGAGCAGAUCCCUGACUUCAACCCAAUCAUAGACAUUCUAUACACUGAUGAAUUGAUUUCUAGAAACCAACACGAUCCUAGCUGAUAAGACUCUGGUUAAUUUUGAUCUCCUGGGCAGAGGUAGGCCAACUACAAGCCCCGGCCUUCAAGAGAUAUGAAGAGGAGCUUCUCACAAACAGAGAUUUAUUUUCUUACAAAAGCAAAUUCAUCGGCUUGAUUCCACUGUGGCAGAUGUUGGACCAAAUAUUUCCCCUUUUUAUUGUUUCGAUUUUCCUUUUUUGUUCAUGUUCUCUCCAAAACAUUCCUCCGCAGAUGAUGCCCUGUCUGACCUCUCUUUGUCUCCGUCUUGGUUUUAACUGUAUACACACAGUGGCUCAGUGGUUUGCAUUCCCCAGGAUGAGUCUGUCUGUUUGUCAUACUCGUGUUCCUUCCUGCCACAGCCUCCAUUAAGAGAUUACUAACACCCAAGGCGCCUUGGCCUAUUGUAACCCUCCCCCCAUCACCCAAUCUCACUCAAAGCGCUGCAUCUUAUUAACACUGACAAUCAUGCCCGUACAGGUAUUCAUUCUCACACCGUUUUUAUAGAAACCAACACACACACGCACAUGUGCCACAUUUCCAUCACGCACAUGAAGAUAAACAUGUGAAUUCACCCUCACAUGCACACUCUCACAGGUGUGGAUGCCUUUGCCGUGACUGAUGCCUUGAAAGCUCAAGCUGGGCAGAUCCAUGCAAGCUCGCUCUGCUAAAGAUGGUUACUUUGGAAGUGUUUACAGCCCCCCUCCUCCCCACCACCACGCUCUCAGACACUCCCUAUUCUGGAGACACUCGCACAGGAAACAUGCAACACAACAUUCACCUCCCAAACAGCUGUCCCCAGAGCAAAAACUGCACUGAAAAACAGCCACAGAUGGUGCUACACCCCUCCAGCCUCUGUCACAAGCCAAACUGCAGCAUGCCUCCACCUCACCCUGCCCACCCCAGAGGCCCGGCUCGCUCAUCUAGGUCUCUUAGGUUUACGCUCCUUUCUGGGUGUGUUUACAGAUUCCCCACAGCCUUACCAGAGCCCGGUCAACACCAGUACCGCACACUGCUUGCCAGAAUCUUCAACUUUUGUACCUGUUGGACCUAUUAGCCCUACUGUACCUCUGCUGCCAGCUGUUGCUCUAGCUACCUCCCUUAUUUCUGACUUGCAAUUUUUCCUGACACCUUAAGGUUAGCUCUCGCUAUUAGCUGCUACUUGUUGGGAGUGAAUCAUGGCAGACAAAGCUUUAUGAGCAAAUGGUUUGUGAGGACUUCUACGUCCUUCGUUCGUCUUCUUGUUUUGUGAUUAUGUGUCACAGCGCCUGAGGAAGUGCAAUUCCUUCAGUAAGUUGAGCAGCCUGUUGUUACCGCACAUUUUUACAUCUUUUCCUCACAUCCACAGUUUGAGGAAUACGCCAUAUUAAUGACAUUUUAAUCCCAAUAGUGCACUUCUUCCCCUUAUCCUACAGCAUCAUGCCUUCAGUAUUGAUUAUCACAAGUGUUGCAUACAUUUUUAGUACAGGUUGUUUCCCCAUUACAUCCUCCUGUGGGUUUUUUGUAGGGGUAUUUGUGUCCCAUCAAUGUCUUAAAUUGUUCAACAGGAAUCCAGGGUUUGUUUUUAAGAGGUCUACUUUCUAUACUUUUUCUUGCGAGACAAACGUGUAAUAAAAUCCUCUAGGUUCAACAAUUUCAAUGUUUUUGUAUUCUCUAAACUGUAUGAGGAAAUGUGACCACUUCCUCGUGAAUGGUUAUUGGCUUGUCCAAAGAGUGUGAAUGGAUAUCUGGUGUGUUUACAUAAAGUCAGCAGUCGUAGGCUGCAAGUAUAGGAAAGUUUAAGAGUUAUUGUUUGAAGAAACAUUUUUAAUAACAACACAAUCAUCUCAGGUGACCAGAAUGACACGAGGAUAUUUUUGAUAUUGUUACUCAGUUGCCUCAAACUAUUCACUUUCUUUCACUGUGCCAUAUGCUUUGUGGUGUAAUGUAGUAUUACAGUGUCUAUAUGAUGGGAAGUGGUUUUAAUUUGCCCUGUUCUUCUAUAUCACAGUAUGAGACAGCCAGUUUGACUUUGUAUCUACUCUGGGACUGUAUGCAUAUGUCUCAAAGAGCGUAAAGUGUGAAACAAUUGGUCUUCAGUGUAAUCAAUGUGGGCAAGUCUAUCUUAAUGAUCCCCGCUAUCUGCCAAAUAGAGCACCGAGCAUCUAGAGAGAACGGGCUAAAUCAAUGGGUUGCCAUCUACCAAGGCAGUGAUAUAUUCACAAUGCUACUGUACAGUCUAAUCCUAAUUUAUGAAAUCUAUAACUGCUUCAUUCCUGAUCUAUUUGUUUUUAAAUGUUUCUGAUCAGCUUUGAAAUUCAGGGGACACGGUAGUGAAUGUAUGAUACUUGUGCCUUUUCUCUGUGUAGACUUUUUUUGUGCCAUUAAGUCUACAUAUUGUACCUAAAUAUCAAAUAAAUGUUGUCCAGAAAAUAUA